CCGGCGCUGGCUGGCUCGCUCGCUCGCUCAUGCCAUGCUGGGCCAGCGCGGCUCCGGCAGACGUGUGUUUACCCAUAUCCGGGUUAGGGAGGAAAGGAGGAGAAAAAAAAAAGUUUCAUUUAAACCUGAACAAAAAAACUUUCAACAUGAAAUCACACAGCGGGAACGGGCACGUACCGUAAGACGUUCUUACCAUUUCUAACCUCAACCACGGACUCGGGGAGGGAAAUCGCUGUAACUCGGUGCGUGCGGAGCGGUCCGCAGGGGAUACUCUGGCUCAGUCAAGUCCCUGCCCCGGCCGUUCCUCCUUUUGCCCCUCUCUUCUUCCUCCCCCCACCUCUCUGCUCGCCCACCUUUUUUGAGAGUGGGGGUAGAUUUUUUUUAUUUUUCAUUUUUUUUAAUUUUUUUUUUUUUUUUAAUAGUUAUCAGCACCAAUUUCUCCGGACUCGCAAUGUUGCGAUGAUCAUGGCCGCGCAAGUCGCAGCGGCUCCCGCGGGUGCGAACAACAGCAAGGGCAAAGCCCCGAGCCUGCCGGGCGGCCUGGGCCCGGAGCGGGGCCCGGGGGGGGCCGGGGCUCCCGGGCCGGGCCCUGCGCUGGGGGUCGGCGAGGGGAGUCUGGCCGGCGGCAGCAGCGUGAAUAAUUUAGAUCACCAUCACCACCACCACCACCGCAGCGAGCCACCGAACAUGGCCAAUAACGCGGCUCCCGCCGCUGCCGCCGGUAACAACAACGCCAGCGGCGGCGGCGGCGGCUCCUCCUCGGAGCCGGCUCUGAAGGAAGGUGGAAGCUCCUCGGCGUUAUCUUCAUCUUCUUCGUCUUCUUCUUCCUCCUCCUCCUCCUCCUCCUCCAACCCGGGCUCGGCUAUGGAGACGGGGCUGCUCCCCAACCACAAGCUGAAGAGCGUCGGAGGCGAUCACCCCGCCGCGCCGCCCCACCACCACCAUGCCCACCACCCGCAUCACCAUGCCCACCACCACCAUGCCCACCACCCGCACCACCACCACCAUGCACUACAGCAGCAGCUAAAUCAAUUCCCGCCGCCGCCGCCGCCGCAGCAGCCGCCGCCUCAGCACCAUCCCGUGCAGAAUAACAACAGCAGCCUCGGCGGCGGCGGCAGCGGCAGCAACAACAACGGCGGUGGCGGUGGCGGCGCUGCUCAGCCCAGUGCAGACAUGGAGCAGCAGCAACAUGGAGGAAAAGACAGUGUUUUGGGCGCUCAGGCCGAGCCCCCCCAGCAGCCGCAGCAAAUGCUGAAUAAAAGCGCCGACGAGGAGGAGAUGCCCAGCAAGAUGGGCGAGCCCAUCGGCGGCCGCUACGACCACCCCGGCUUGGGACCCCUGGGCGGACAGCAGCAGCCCCAGCAGCCGCCCCCGAGUGCUGGGAGCGGCGGCGGCGGCCUCGGCGGCGGCGGCGGCGGCGGGAGCGGGGGAGGCGGCGGCGGCCCCUCCGCGGUGGGUGUCUCGGAGUUCAAUAGCUAUUAUGGCAACCCUGCCCCUGCCCCUGCCAGCAGCGCUACGGCGAGCCGCGCCGGGCCUUGCUUUGAUCAACAUGGCGGACAACAAAGCCCCGGGAUGGGGAUAAUGCACCCCACGGCGGCCCCCAACAGCAUGGACCCCCUGCAGAACUCCCACGAAGGGUACCCCAACAGCCAGUACAACCACUACCCGGGCUACGGCCGCGGCCCCGGCGGCGGCGGCGCAGGCGGCGGCGGCAGCGCGGGAGCCGUAGCGGCGGCGGCGGCGGCGGCGGCCGCUGGGGCAGGCGGCGGCGGCGGCUACGGGGGCUCCGCGGCGGGCUACGGGGUGCUGAGCUCCCCGCGGCAGCCCGGCGGCGGCAUGAUGAUGGGCCCCGGCGGCGGGGCCGGCCUCGGCAAGGCUGGUGCCGGCGCGGCGGCGGCCGGCGGCUUCGCGCGGUUCUCCGGGCAGAACCAGCACCCGUCCGGGGCCACCCCUACCUUGAACCAGCUGCUCACGUCCCCCAGCCCCAUGAUGCGGAGCUACGGCAGCAGCUACCCCGACUACAGCAGCCCUAGCGCCCCGCCGCAGCCCCAGCCCCAGGCAGCGGCGGCCGCCCCGGGAAGCCAGCAGGCAGCAGCGGGCAUGGGUAUGGGCAAGGACAUGGGCGCCCAGUACGGAGCGGCAAACCCGGCCUGGGCAGCGGCACAACAAAGGAACCACCCGGCGAUGAGUCCCGGGAACACCGGGCAGGCCAUCAGCAGGACCCAGGGCAGUCCAAUGGAUCCGAUGGUCAUGAAGAGACCGCAGCUGUACGGCAUGGGCAAUAACCCUCACUCUCAGGCACAGCAGAGCAGCCCCUACCCCGGGCAGUCCUAUGGCCCUCCUGGCCCCCAGCGCUAUCCCGUGGGAAUGCAGGGCCGAGCUCCGGCAGCCAUGGGAGGAAUGCAGUAUCCACAGCAACAGAUCCCGCCUCAGUAUGGUCAACAAGGUGUAAGUGGCUACUGCCAGCAGGGCCAGCAGCCGUACUACAACCAGCAGCCGCAGCCUCAGCACCUGCCGCCCCAGGCACAGUAUCUGUCACAGGCUCAGCAGAGGUACCAGGCUCAGCAGGACAUGUCUCAGGAAGGCUAUGGAACCAGAUCUCAACCCCCUAUGGCACCAGGAAAGCCUAACCAUGAAGACUUGAAUCUAAUCCAGCAAGAAAGACCGUCAAGCUUACCAGAUUUAUCUGGAUCAAUUGACGACUUGCCGACUGGAACUGAAGCAACCCUGAGCUCAGCUGUUAGUGCGUCAGGUUCUACAAGCAGCCAAGGGGAGCAGAGCAACCCUGCACAGUCUCCGUUCUCCCCUCAUGCUUCUCCACAUCUCUCUGGCAUCCCCGGGGGCCCUUCGCCUUCCCCCGUAGGCUCACCCGUUGGAAGCAACCAGUCAAGAUCUGGUCCUAUUUCUCCAGCAAGUAUUCCAGGCAGUCAGAUGCCACCGCAGCCUCCUGGCAGCCAGUCAGAAUCCAGCUCCCACCCUGCCUUGAGCCAGUCACCAAUGCCACAGGACCGAGGUUUUUAUGCAGGCAUACAGAGGAACCCCCAAAUGUCACAGUAUGGACCUCAGCAAACUGGACCUUCCAUGUCACCACACCCCUCACCUGGAGGCCAAGUGCAUCCUGGAAUGGGUAGCUUUCAGCAGAGUAAUUUCAAGUGGUACUUAUGGGCCUUCAGAUGAGCCAGUAAUGGACCACAAGGAAACUACUCCAGACCACCGACGUACAGCGGUGUGCCCACCAGUUACAGUGGCCCGGGACCUGGCAUGGGUAUAAAUGCCAACACGAUGCAUGGACAGGGGCCAAGCCAGCCGUGUGGUACCAUGCCCCUGGGACGGAUGCCAUCAGCUGGGAUGCAGAGCAGACCAUUUCCUGGAAACAUGAGCAGUAUGACCCCCAAUUCUCCUGGCAUGCCUCAGCAGGGAGGCCCUGGGAUGCCCACCUUGCCAACUGUGAACCGUAAGGCACAGGAGGCAGCUGCUGCAGUGAUGCAGGCUGCUGCAAACUCCGCUCAGAGCAGGCAAGGCAAUUUUCCUGCCAUGAAUCAGAGUGGUAUUAUGGGAUCCAGCUCCCCCUACACUCAGCCGAUGAACAACAGCUCUGGCUUGAUGAACCCGCAGGCUCCUCCUUACAGCAUGGCGCCUAACAUGGUGAACAGUUCAACAGCACCUAUGGGUCUUGCAGAUAUGAUGACACCUGGUGAGUCCAAACUACCCCUUCCUCUCAAAGCAGAUGGCAAAGAAGAAGGACCACCCCAACCCGAGAGCAAGUCAAAGGAUAGCUACAGCUCUCAGGGUAUUUCUCAGCCCCCAACCCCAGGCAACCUGCCAGUCCCUUCCCCAAUGUCCCCAAGCUCUGCUAGCAUCUCCUCAUUUCAUGGAGAUGAAAGUGAUAGCAUUAGCAGCCCAGGCUGGCCAAAGACUCCAUCAAGCCCUAAAUCGAGUUCCUCUACCACAACUGGUGAGAAGAUCACUAAAGUCUAUGAGCUAGGAAAUGAGCCGGAGCGAAAGAUGUGGGUGGAUCGGUACCUGACAUUCAUGGAGGAGAGGGGCACACCUGUGGCCAGUCUGCCAGCUGUGGGAAAGAAGCCCUUGGACUUGUUCAGGCUCUAUGUCUGCGUCAAAGAGAUUGGAGGUUUAGCACAGGUUAAUAAAAACAAGAAGUGGCGUGAGCUGGCAACCACCUUGAACGUUGGCACUUCGAGCAGCGCAGCCAGCUCCCUGAAAAAACAAUACAUUCAGUACCUGUUUGCCUUCGAGUGCAAGAUUGAGCGAGGGGAGGAGCCCCCUCCAGAAGUCUUCAGCACUGGAGAUACCAAGAAACAACCUAAGAUUCAGCCGCCAUCUCCUGCUAAUUCUGGUUCCUUACAAGGCCCACAGACUCCACAGUCCACUGGUAGUAAUUCCAUGACAGAAGUGCCAGGCGAUUUGAAGCCCCCAACACCAGCAUCCACACCUCAUGGACAGAUGACACCUAUGCAGGGUGGCAGAAACAGCGCAGUUAGUGUGCAUGACCCCUUUUCUGAUGUAAGUGAUUCAGCGUUCCCAAAGCGAAACUCCAUGACGCCAAAUGCACCAUACCAGCAGGGAAUAAACAUGCCAGAUAUGAUGGGAAGGAUGCCAUAUGAGCCGAAUAAAGAUCCUUUCGGUGGAAUGAGAAAAGUGCCUGGAAGCAAUGAGCCUUUCAUGACCCCUGGACAAAUGCCUAACAGUGGAAUACAAGAUAUGUAUAACCAGAGUCCAUCUGGAGCAAUGUCCAACAUGAGCAUGAGCCAGCGACAGCAGUUCACUUAUGGAAGUGGCUAUGACAGGAGGCAUGAACCAUAUGGGCAGCAGUAUCCAGGACAAGGACCUCCCUCAGGACAGCCACCAUAUGGAGGACAUCAACCUGGCAUGUAUCCACAGCAGCAGAACUAUAAACGACACAUGGAUGGCAUGUAUGGGCCUCCAGCCAAACGCCAUGAAGGGGAUAUGUAUAACAUGCAGUAUGGCAACCAGCAACAGGAAAUGUAUAACCAGUACAGCAAUGCUUACACAGGGCCUGACAGGAGACCCAUGCAGGGACAGUAUCCAUAUCCAUAUAACAGGGAGAGGAUGCAGGGCCCAGGACAAAUGCAGCAGCAUGGAAUACCUCCCCAGAUGAUUGGUGGCCCUAUGCAGUCGUCAUCGUCCAGUGAAGGUCCUCAGCAGAACAUGUGGCCGACACGAAAUGAUAUGCCUUACCCUUACCAGAACAGGCAAGGUCCAGGAGGCCCUGCACAGGCCCCACCGUAUCCAGGGAUGAAUCGCACUGAUGAUAUGAUGGUACCUGACCAGAGGAUAAACCACGAGAGUCAGUGGCCUUCUCAUGUCAACCAACGUCAGCCUUCUUAUAUGUCAUCCUCAGCCUCCAUGCAGCCUAUCACUAGACCUCCUCAGUCAUCCUACCAGACACCACCCUCUAUGCCAAACCACAUCUCUAGAGCUCCAAGUCCAGCAUCCUUCCAGCGCUCUUUGGAAAACCGUAUGUCUCCAAGCAAGUCUCCUUUCCUACCCUCCAUGAAGAUGCAAAAGGUUAUACCCACAGUUCCAGUGUCGCAGGUCACGGGACCUCCACCCCAACCACCACCGAUUAGGCGAGAAAUUACCUUCCCCCCGGGCUCUGUAGAAGCAUCCCAACCAGUCUUAAAACCAAGACGAAAGAUUACCUCAAAAGAUAUUGUAACUCCUGAGGCCUGGAGAGUGAUGAUGUCUCUUAAAUCUGGUCUUUUGGCUGAAAGUACCUGGGCGCUAGACACUAUUAAUAUUCUUCUGUAUGAUGACAGCACUGUUGCUACUUUCAACCUCUCUCAGUUAUCUGGAUUUCUUGAGCUUUUAGUAGAAUAUUUUAGAAAAUGCCUGAUUGACAUUUUUGGAAUCCUUAUGGAAUAUGAAGUGGGCGAUCCAGGCCACAAAGCACUUGAUCACAAAGCAGCCAAGAAAGAUGAUAGUCAGUCCUUGGCAGAGGAUACUGGAAAAGAUGAGAAUGACGAAUGUAUUGACUAUUUUGAUGAAGAUGAGGAGGAAGGGGAGGAUGAAAAGGUAGAAGGAGAAGAAAAGAGCAUUGUUUUUUCCACUCCUGGUGCCAUUGCUGAUCCAAGUGAGAGGCCAAAACAAGCCAGUAAAUUUGACAAGCUGCCAAUAAAGAUUGUAAAGAAAAAUAAUCUAUUUGUUGUUGACCGAUCUGACAAACUUGGACGCGUUCAGGAGUUUGAUAGUGGACUUCUCCACUGGCAGCUUGGUGGUGGUGACACAACUGAGCAUAUCCAGACUCACUUCGAAAGCAAGAUGGAGAUUCCUCCACGUAGGAAAGCCCCUCCUUCCUUGAACUCUCCAAGCAAAAAGAAGGACCUCGAGGGGAAAGGUGAAUUUGAGGAACAACAAGAAAAAAGUAUAACAGCAACCAUUGAUGAUGUCCUCUCAGCUCGGCCAGGAGCAUUACCUGAAGACUCAAACUCUGGCUCCCAAACAGAGAGCAGUAAAUUUCCCUUUGGGAUCCAUCAAGCCAAAAGCCACCGGAAUAUUAAACUGCUAGAGGAUGAGCCAAGGAGCCGGGAUGAGACUCCUCUAUGCACCAUAACUCACUGGCAAGACUCCUUGGCCAAACGCUGCAUCUGUGUGUCAAAUAUUGUCCGUAGCUUGUCUUUUGUGCCUGGCAAUGACACCGAAAUGUCCAAACAUCCAGGCUUGGUGCUGAUCCUGGGAAAGCUGAUCCUUCUUCACCACGAGCAUCCAGAAAGAAAGCGAGCGCCGCAGACUUACGAGAAAGAGGAAGAGGAGGACAAAGGGGUGGCCUGCAGCAAGGAUGAGUGGUGGUGGGACUGCCUCGAGGUCUUGAGGGAUAAUACAUUGGUCACAUUAGCCAACAUUUCUGGGCAGCUAGACUUGUCUGCUUACACAGAAAGCAUCUGUUUGCCAAUUUUGGAUGGCUUGCUGCACUGGAUGGUGUGCCCGUCUGCGGAGGCACAGGAUCCUUUUCCAACCGUGGGGCCCAACUCAGUUCUUUCGCCUCAAAGACUUGUGCUGGAGACCCUAUGUAAGCUCAGUAUCCAGGACAAUAAUGUGGACCUUAUCUUGGCCACCCCCCCAUUCAGUCGUCAGGAGAAACUCUACGCUACUUUAGUUAGGUACGUCGGGGACCGCAAAAACCCGGUCUGCCGAGAAAUGUCCAUGGCGCUCUUAUCGAACCUUGCCCAGGGAGACACAUUAGCAGCAAGGGCAAUAGCUGUGCAGAAGGGAAGUAUCGGAAACUUGAUAAGCUUCCUGGAGGAUGGGGUCACUAUGGCCCAGUACCAGCAGAGCCAGCAUAACCUCAUGCACAUGCAGCCUCCGCCUCUGGAGCCGCCUAGCGUAGACAUGAUGUGCAGGGCAGCCAAGGCCUUGCUGGCCAUGGCUCGAGUGGACGAGAACCGCUCAGAGUUCCUUUUGCACGAGGGUCGUUUGCUGGAUAUCUCAAUAUCUGCUGUCCUGAACUCUCUGGUUGCAUCUGUCAUCUGUGAUGUACUUUUUCAGAUUGGGCAGUUAUGACAUAAGUGAGAAGCCAAGCAUGUGUGAGUGGAGAUUAGAGGGUCACAUAUAACUGGCUGUUUUCUGUUCUUGUUUAUCCAACGUAGGAAGAAGGAAAAAAAAAGAAUCUUUGCUCCUCUGCCCCAUUCACUAUUUACCAAUUGGGAAUUAAAGAAAUUAUUAAUUUGAACAGUUAUAAAAUUAAUAUUUGCUGUCUAUGUGUAUAAGUACAACUUUUUAUUUUAUUUUUUUUAACCAAAGUUGCUGUCUAGUACAUUCAAAGGUCACACUUUUUUUUUCCAUAGAUUAUCCUUUACAAUGUUCUUUUCCAUGUUUGUAUUGCAUAUUUUUUGGGAAGCGAACUAGUGACUUUUAAAAAAUGUUAUGGCAAACCAUUGUAUGAUGGAAAAAAAAUCUCACCACUUUGAAACAAAAAGGUGAAAAAUAACCAACUUACCAAGUUCCUGUGUGUUUUAUUUUUUCAAAUAAGGAAAAAAUAAAAAAAAACUUGUAUACCAUCACCCAAAGCUCUGUGCAAUAGAAGAUUCUAGUGAUGUAGGUGUAGGGGAUCAAGGAGGGUGUCAGUCAGUAGUCAAAAUCCAAAACGAUACUGGUUUCUCCUCAGGAGAAAUGGUUACAUUAGGCUAGGAGCAAAACAAAACAAAAAAGUCAAGUGAAAAAAUUUUUAAACAAAACCUGAAGUUAAACAUCAAUUGCUUCCUCACCAGAACUGUCUUGUCUACAUCUGUUUGUUUUUUUUUUUUUUGACCUUCCACAAUGACAGUUCUUCACAAUUCCUUUAAUCAUUUUUUAAAAUAUUUUUUUAUUGCCUAAGGGCCGUGAUGUAUAUAGAAGUUGUACAUGAAACAUACCCUCAUUUUUUUUUUAGUACAAAGUUUUUAGUUUCUUUUUCAUGAUGUGGUAUCUACAAAGUGAUAGUAGAAUUAUUUUUUUCUUUCAUUUGGGCCAUAUCUCCAAAAAAUAAUAAAAAAAAAAAAAAGAAAAAAGGAAAAACCCAACACAGAAAACCAACAACUGAGGGUAAUGUACAAGUUUCUGUAUGUAUAAAGUCAUGCUCUAUUUCGGGAGAGCAGCCGAUCACAAUUUGCUUUAUAAAUCAAGGUGUGGAAAUGGUUACGUAUGGAUUGAUUUAAGAAAAUGGUUACCAGUCUACAGACAACAAAAAUAUAUACAGGAAAAAAAAGGAAGAAACACAACUUCAAAGAUUUUUCAGUGACAAGAAUCUGCAUUUGUAUUUCAAGAUAAUGUAGUUAAAAAGAAAAAAACUUGAUGUAAAUUCCUCCUUUUCCUCUGGCUUAAUGAAUUUCAUUUAUUCAGUAUAAAAUCUUUAUAUGUUCCACAUGUUAAGAAUAAAUGUACAUUAAAUCUUGUUAAGCACUGU